ACGAGCCACACCUCCGUUUGUCCGGUGCUCAACUCAUUUCAUGUUCUCCAUUGUAAAAUAGACAAUGUGCAGUCGUGCUAGGCUGAUGGCUAGAUGUCUUUCCUCACCUGCUGGUAAGCUGACAGCUGUGAUAAUGGGCCCACCUGGAGCUGGAAAGGGUACAAUCUCAAAAAGAAUAGUCAACAAAUUCUACCUAGCACACCUUUCCAGUGGCGAUAUGCUAAGAAAUCACAUAUCAAGGCAAACUGAUGUGGGCCUGGAAGCUAAGAACUAUCUCGAUCAAGGAAAACUUGUGCCUGAUCAAGUGAUGCUUAAUCUGAUCCUCACAGAGCUUAAGCAAGCGGAGACUGGCUGGUUGCUGGAUGGCUUCCCAAGAACACUUGGUCAAGCCAAGGCCUUGGUAGCAGAGACCUCUAUAAGCACUGUAAUCAAUCUCAAUGUCCCUUUCCAGACUAUCAUUGAUAGAGUGAAAGGCCGUUGGGUUCACGUGGCCAGUGGUCGUGUCUACAAUGACAAUUACAACGCACCAAAAGUCCAUGAAAAGGAUGACAUUACUGGGGAGGCACUGGUUCAAAGAGCUGAUGAUCGUCCUGACACUGUCCUGGAAAGACUCAAACUGUAUGAGAACCAAACAAAACCAGUGAUCGAUUUUUUCGAGGAGAAAGGACUUGUCAAGACAUUCAGUGGGACAGAGUCGGAUGUUCUAUGGCCCCAAGUCAAACAGUACAUAGAGAAGGACUGUAUCACCUUAGCCUAACAUUGUGUUUAUGUGUUAAUUUGUUGGGUGGAAAUGUGUUUUGUAGUGUG